CCGGUGACGGCAGAGGGCUUUACAGUGUUACACGACCUGAUCAAGCGUGAUGUUUAUGCGUCUGACGAGGCGAGUAGGCAACGCUUGGAGAGGCGUGUGCAGAAGCUUGCGAGUGCCGCCAAGAUAUCCGUUGCCAAACAGAGCCUCCUACAGGACCACAAUCGCCUUCUGUAUAACGUCAACAACGAGGCCAAGGUCCGCCGAACGACCCGCUCGUUAGUUCUCCAGGAUGGAAAGGGAGAGGGCAAGGUGAUGCGCUGGGAGGACCUCGAAAGGGCACGAGCGGAACGCGCUACUAAAGAGAUGGCAGCUAGGGAGAAGGGCAAAAGAAAGCAUGGUCGAAAGCGCAAGACAC